AAAUUAAAAUAAAAAAUCGAAAAUGAAUUUAUAUUUAAAACUUUGUCUUAUAUUAAACGUGGUAUCCUUAAUACGAUCGCAUACCCACGAUGAAAAUCCCAAGUGUUCUUUAACGGCAGUGCAUAAAACGCGUCAAACCGUUCUCGAAUCUCCCAAUUAUCCGAACAAUUAUAAGCCCGAUACUUGCUGGGAUUAUGUGAUACGUUCGCCCUUUAAGUGCCCCACCACGUUUCAUAUACAAUUUUUGGAUUUUUAUUUGGAAUCUUCAAAGGAUUGUAAGAACGAUUACUUGGCCAUUGGUUUGGAAAAUGUUGAUGACGAUAUGGAUGUUUUGUGCGGCCAGGUGGUGGGCAUUAAGAAAUAUCAUACACCGGAUGGUGUUUUGCGUCUUAGAUUCUUUGCUGAUGAAUCACCCUGGACUACGGGUAAGGGAUUUAAAUUGUUGGUAACACGUUUGGCUUGUGAAAGGGAGGACUUUGUGCGAAAAUUAAAAGAUCAUGAGAAUGAUGAUGACGAUGACACAGAUGAUGAUGAUACUGUAGCAGUAUCGGCUCCUUCGGGUAAUUUCCAACCUCCAGAAUCGGAGCUCAUGCAAAUUUUCCGUAAUUUAACGGGUCAAGAACAAUAUCAAAUUGUACCAGUGCCACCUGUAUUUGGUUUGAAUUAUCCCACGCAAUUACCUUCCCCACCUUAUCCAGCAACCGGUACAGUUUAUGUACCCUCAAGUGAAUCCCGAGGUCCUCUGCCCAAUUAUCCUGGCAGCAAUGUGCAGCAACCUUGUACCGAUAACAAUGGACAACAAAGACAAUUGCCCAAUUACUAUGGAGCCCUAAAUGGAAAUCAGUUGGCUCCUUAUGCCAACACUUUGGGAGGAAAUAUUCAACCCAACUACUUGCCCUCCUACAUUCCAUCCAACACUGUUAAUCAAGUGCAGGCUCAGCAAGCUGCAUUUGUAGGUGCUGCCAAUAAUGGUUUCUUAACCAAUCCUAGAGAUCAGUAUAUAGGUUCUUGGUCUUCUACUCCCAGCCUACUUAGGGCAUACGACAAUACCAUCGACUCUUUGGAGACCUGUUGUGUGUCAGCGUUCCAGCAAAAACGUUUAUACUUAUCUAGUCCCGGUUUUCCUCGCACUAUUUUUAGCAAUAUUUUGCCAAAUCUCCAGAAACGAGAUUGUGUAUUCCGUCUGCAAAAAUCUUCUUCCAGUGUUUGUAGACUGCGUUUGGAUUUCAAAUUUUUCGACUUUGGCCAAAGUUAUCAAGGUACAGGUUCCUUUAUGGGCAACAUAGGCAUGCCCGCUAUUCAGAACACUCAAAACGUCUGUAGAGAGGACUUUAUUGAAAUUGAUAAUCAGCGGUUUUGUGGUUGUCGUUCGGGCAAUAUGUACACGGCCUAUUGGACUAAUGCAGGUGAUAAAAAGUUAAGAAUGCGCAUGGGCUAUUCGGGUGUACCUUCUGGAGGUUUCCUAUUGGAAAUAGUGCAAGAAGAAUGCUCUGAAACACAACUUGCUCUUAUGACCACUAAGAGACCGCUUGGAGCAACCACCAUGAAUCCGAAUCUGAUUAAUAAUCAGUUAAUUAACCCUCAGCAGACACAGCAAACUUUAUUAGGGCAACAGCAACAAAAUAUGUAUGGCGGUUCAUAUCCAGGACAACAACAGAACAUAAAUGCCGGUUUAUAUCCAAGUCAACAACAGCAGCAGCAACAAAACUUGUAUGGUGGUUCAUAUCUGGGCAAUUAUCAAGGACAACAACCCUUUUUACAGAAUCCUUUACAACAGAACAACUAUUUAGGACAACAACCACAACAACAGUUGUUUAACAACCCAGGAGGUUUAUCUACAAAUCUGCAGCAACAAAAUCCCUUUUUACCCCAACAACAGCAGCUACAAAACAAUAACCUCUAUCAGUCUGGUUAUCCAACACAAUUCGGUUCAAAUUAUUUCUCCAAUCCCCAACAAGAUUUCCAGCAUAAUCUUUUGCAGCAACAAGGUAAUCCAUUUGGUUUGCAACAAAUAAGAUACGCCCGCUCCUAUGGUGAUCAGCAACCCCUUACCGUAGUCGAAACUAAUUCCACACGCAAGGAGUACUACUACUCCGACAAUGAUUCCUUGAACUACAAUGAAGAUACAGCUUUAAUGUCUAGAUCAAGUUCAUCGGAAUCAUCUUCAAAAUGGGAUCGUAAGGAUACUAAUGUCAGCGAGAAGAACGAAUCAACUGGUAAUGUUGCCCGAGAGCGCAGAAAGUGUUCCUUUGAUAUGGGAGAUAUAUUGCGUUUAUCUGUUGAUAUUCUGUGGAUAACCAAACCGAUCUGUUAUGCUCCUCAAAGAAAUUGGUUUACCAACUGGAUUGGUUAGAGAAGAAAUGGAGUUAAAGUUAAAACAAAUAAAUAUAAAUUAGUGGAGAAUUUUGUAUCUGUAAAUUGUGUGUUCAAUAAUAAUAUAAUAAUAAAUAUAUAUUUAAAA